AUGAUCACCUCGAGCCAGCUGGUGGUUCCCAUGACGCUUUGGGGCAAGGUAGCCCCCACACAUAAUGUGUCAUCUAUCUUCAUCACAAAGGAUCAGAAGAUAAUCAUCACAGGCUGCCACGAUGGCCAAAUAUGCGUCUGGGACAUUAUGGAUGGGCUGAAAAUUGUACCACGCAGCAUGCUUUUCGGCCACACUGGUCGAGUUCGGUGCCUGACCAGCGCCUCUCCAACUGGGGAUGGCUCUUUGUUGGUUAGCUCUUCUGAGACAGGUGAAAUGUGCUUGUGGGACUUGACGGAUGGCAGGUGCUUGGAGUCCAGCAUUCUUCCUUAUGUUCAUACACGUAUGCAGUCCCACAUGCUCUCUGGGAGUGAAUGCUCUCACUUGUUCUGCAAUGGCUACUAUCCAGACAUUGUCAUUCUUGACACUAUGACGUUGACUGUAGCAUUCCAACUGGUGUCACGGGUCACCUCGGACUGGAUCAGUGCUGCGCAUGUUAUUAGGUCGCCCAAGCUAAAUGAUGACGUUGUCGUAUCCGUUAGCGCUGGUGGUGUGGCCAAGGUCUGGACUCUGUCGCAUGAUGAUUACAAGUCUCCGAGUCCAUUGUACGAAAGCGAGUCCAAGAUUCUCAAGUGCCUGCGCACCUUGUGGCUAGCGUGCUGUGCCUACAACCAGCGCACCAUACUUGUGGUGACUGCCAACUCUUGGCAGGUCUAUGAUGCGUAUGACUUUGCGUUGCUUUGCUCAACGGACAGCCUGCCAGACCAGCAUUGGAUGGGAGGGGACUUCAUCUCUGCUGAUCGUGUGUGCAUUUGGAGUGAUAAGGGUCGUGGUUAUCUCUAUCAGCUUCCAGCCAAUGCCAUUGUUGAAAGCAGGGACUUUCGCACUGGGCCCAACCCUGAAGAUGACGCUUUCCUCUUCUGUGUUCUUGCUGUUCCCAAUGAUAAGAGGCUCACGUGCCGUCCUGCCAUGGGGUACUUCUUGAGCACACGGGGUGGCUUUCAAAAAAUGCUCCUCAGAGGAGACUCCAAUGGAUCUAUUGUAGUAUGGAACAUUGUGGAUGGAGCCACUUGUGAUGUGACUCGCAUACGCCAAAAUAGAAAUGUAAUUCAAAUGAACCCUUUUCUGAGCCUAGCUUUGCAGGAUGCUUGGAAUGAAAUGAAGCCUCCGCCUCCUGGCAUUCUGGACAAAAUGGAGCUGCCUAAAGAAAUCCAUGAGUCGAGGCUUUCGGCCAGUGUCUAUUUACCCCUGCAAGGACGCCUGGUAGUUGGCAGGGAAGACGGCAGCAUCAUUGUCGUGUCAGUCACCCAGGCUGUUAUGCUGCAGAUUCUCUAUGGGAAACAACACCACGACGAUCAGCCACAGCUACUAGUGCUGAGCGGCCACGUCGGCCGAGUAACAUGUUUGCUGUAUCCGAACCACGUGCAUUCGCGUUACGAUUCUGGUAUCCUGGUAUCGGGUGGCGUGGACUUCUCGGUAUGCGUGUGGGACCUGUACGGGGGCACGCUGCUCCACCGAUUCUGUGAUCACGCAGGCGAAGUCUUGCAGCUUCUUGUGCCUCCAAACGAAUGCAAUCCACGAGUGCUUCAAAGCAUCUGCAGUGUGGCCAGUGACCACUCGGUAGCGCUGCUGAACCUGAAGGAACGCAAACGCAUUUUUCUGGCCUCUCGGCACCUCUUCCCUCUCACUGCGGUCAAGUGGCGACCCUCACAUGACUACAUGGUGGUCGGCCUCUUGGACGGCUCUGUUCACGUCUGGCAGAUGGAGACAGGCCAUUUGGACCGAGUGCUUCGGGGUCUGGCAGCAGAGGAAGUCCUGAAUGCAUGCGAAGACUACUCUGGGCACCCAGCAGAACGCAUGGCAAACGUGGCUGGGCAUCAUCAUAACAUGGCUGUAAUCAGGCAUGGCAGCCAUCGUGGAAUGGGCCAUCGGCACCACUCUUCACACCACCAUGCUUCAGGACACCAGAUAACACCAGCAAAAUUGCACUGCAGUCAUGGAGGACAUGAAGCUGGAGAUGGUGCCCAUGCGCGAUCUCGGGCACACCCGCUCAUGGUUCAGGGGCUCAGGACCAACCCAGUUGAUCAAGACAGUCAUGUGCUGUUCUUUGACAUUGAGGCACUCAUUGUGCAUAUGCAAUCCGAACAGAAUUUCGGAAUGGCAGCAGGUACGCUGGAGUUCGGGGGCCACAUCAAUCAGUCAGAGUACCAGAAAUACCUCGCCUUGUCUACGUCACCAGAGGCACGCAAAAAGGCAUCCUCGGGUUUCAUUGCCAAAGUAAGAGACACCGCAGAGAGCGUUGGAAUCAAAGUGAGAGACACGGCACAUAGCGUUGGCAUCAAAGCAGACCAGGCAUCAGGCGGAAAGGUAGGAGACAUGAAGAAUGCAGCAGCCAUUGAAGCCAGUGCCAAGAUGACACAUCUUAGCCGAGCUGAGACCAAUCUAACCAUGGAGAUUUCACAGCUACUGUUGUCUGUUCUGCAUGCUUGGGGUCUCGACCCUGACCUCGACAAGGUAUGUGAAAGUAAGCUAGGACUACUGUGCCCCAUGCGACCCACCUGCUUUGGCCUGCUGUCCCGGGGCCACCACAUGAGCCUGCUGCUUCCCACCCACAUGUACAGCAUGAUGCCUCUCUCUCCAAAUGCUGGAUCUACAGGCGGCAGCAAGGAGCGUAAGGUGGUGACCAUGCCAGUGCCCAAGGAGCAGAUUGAAGAGGAGGAGCGGGCACGACGCUUCUCAUCGAAAGGCCACUGGGAGUUAUCGACCGCUGUCACGACCAAUCACCUGCUCUCCGCGAUUGCCCUGGCGAAUACCUUCAAGUCGAUGCGAAGUGCCACUUUUGUACCCGAGCAGGAGAAGCGCCGAAGGCUGCACAGGCGACUGAGCCGUGCCGAUAGCCGUGCCUUCAUGAUGACGCCUGCUGAAGGUGUUGUGGACAGCAGCGGUGCCCUGGCUGUCCUCCAGGAGGUUCUGUCGCAGCAGCAGGCUGACAUCAGGCAGGGCUGGAGCUUGCUGGCUGCACUACACACCAUCCUGCUGCCUGACCUGGUAGACACGGCAGAUUUCAAGCAGCCUCAGGUCGAAAUACUCGCCCGCCGGUGGCAGGACCGCUGUUUUGAGGUGCGCGAGGCAGCUCAGUCACUUCUUCUUGCGGAGCUACGGCGCAUUGGUCACAAGGGUCGCAAGAUGGUUGUGGACGAAUGGGCCAUGUACCUGCCCAAGUACAUCGAUGCCUCUGCCGCUACACCCCACAUUUCGGCUGGCGGGCCCACUGCAUUAGCACAUCAGCCGGGACAGGCAGCACACAUCGAGAGCUUCCAGCAGCACUUCGAGAACACAGAAUACGGAAACAAGCACUCCUGGAGUGCUGCUGAAGCCCGUCGAAAGCAGUCUACAGCCAUUGUUCUUCUUGGUGUAAUUGGAGCCGAGUAUGGCCAGGAGAUGGAACAGAGCAAGCGGAAGGGCGCUGAAGACCAGAAAAAGAAGUCUGUUGUGGAGGGAUUUGGACCCACCAACUAUUCUCUUGCACGGCAGACCAGCCAGGCACUGGCACACCUGCUGCUGACACCUCCGUCUUCAUCUCUUCCGGCUCACUCAUCGCUGCGCCGAGCGGCCAUUGACCUGAUUGGCCGGGGCUUCGCAGUCUGGCAGGCGUACAUAGACGUGUCCCGCGUGCUGCUUGGUCUGUUUGACCUCUGUUGUGAAGCAGACAAGCUGCUCCCCAGGGCAUCAUACGGGCUGUCGCUCGCGCCGGCGGCAGAUUCUUGCCGCACAGCUCGGCAGGCGCUGUCCCUGAUUGCGACAUCGCGUCCGCCAGUAUUCAUAACGACGCUGGCACGCGAGGUGCGCCGCUACACCACACUCGCACAGGACGCCCAGUCGCUCAACAUCUCCCUGCAUCAGACAGUGCUGUGUCGUGCGCGCCCCGAGAUGUUGCGCAUUGUAGAUUUGCUCAUCAGCAAGAUGGAGGUGGAAGUGGCCGAGCUGCUUGCCGAGGUGAUGGAGAUCGUGCUACACUGUGUCGACCCUACCCAACUGAAGGCACGCGGACUCGGCGAGCUGUUUCCCUCUUUGUGCAGAUUUAACAUGGUCAGCUACUGCAAGGCAACACGGCGCAUUGCUGUCGGAGGCAAGAAUGGCAACCUCACCAUCUUUGAACUGAAGGCCUCAAAGUCACAGGUUACUUUGGCCCACGAGGCGACAGUGGACGCCUGCACAUUCUCUCCGGAUGGCAAGUAUUUGGCCACAUAUUCUAACGGGGAGAACAAGCUCUGCUUUUGGCAGACUGCGUCGGGCCUGUUUGGGCUGGGAAAUGCACAGCAGCGCUGUGUGCGCACCCACGCGACGCCUAAAUUGCCAGAAAGUGUGGUUGCCAACCCGCUCAAGAUGGCACGGCUCGUGUGGGUCACCAGCCGCAUCGUCAUCCUCAUGGUGGCCGAUGGCACGGAGCAUCGCUUCACCCUCUAGUCCACUCCGUCCCUGGAGAUACACAAUCGCCCCUAUCAUCAUUCACUUGUACCAAAUUCGAUUUAAUGUAUUUUAUAAUUACAUAAUAUAUCAUUAUGCAAUUUACAUUACGUAAAAACUUGUAAGCAUAUUGUGCAUUUUCGAAUUAAUUUCAUUACGAUUAAAAUGACUGCGCUGUCAUGUUGCGAGAAUGCUUUUUGGCAGUACUGCCACCACGUGCGACUUCCCAAGAAAAACUUUAGUCAAAAAUGCAAAACACUAUUUCUGUGGGGCACAUGUCUUCUGUG